AUGGCGAAAAAUAUGCAAAACACCUCUUACAGAAAACUUGAUGUUGAUGCGUUCGAUCCGGAACAGUAUGACGAAAACGACGAAACGGUCGAUACCCCCGGGCUUGGCCCUGACGAGCGAGCUGUUCAAGGCUUCUUAAGUUCCAACCGUCUAGAAGAUGCUCUUCACGCAGCUCUUCUCUCCCCACCGCUCAAAACUAAAGACCAGAAUGUGAAAGAUCGUGCUACUCAACUUGUUGCCAAGGUGCUUCAAUCGUUUAAAAACGCUGAAAUCGAACAAGCGGUCCAGAAACUUUCAAUCGACGAGGGAGAUAUUCUCAUGAAAUACGUUUACAAGGCCAUGGAACUAGGAUCUGAUGCGGCGGCCUGCCAGUCACUUCUUGGUUGGCAUGCCCAACUUGUAUCAAAAUUCGGACACGGAGCUAUCAUGCGCGUUUUUUCAGGUCGCCAACGUCUAUAA